UCUUAAUCAUGAAGGGACCUUCCUGUUCCAAGCGGAUCUCUAUGGCUAGGCACCUAGCAGCCUCCCCGUGCCCACUCUUAAAUGAAAACAAAGCCAGUGGGGGGACAACCAAGUAAUAAGGUUUGAAAUGGCUGCGCUAGCAGCAUCUCUCUGGACAGCCUGAAGAGAAGAUGAAAGGGCUGUUGAACAUGUGGGAAUCAAAAGAACAACCUGGUCAGGAAAUUGUUAAUGACAGCAAACUGGGGUGGAAGAAGCUAAAGGAGGAAAGCUCCAAUUCAUCUCAUUCUGUAAUCAGAAUUCCUCAGAGCUAACUGUUGCAGUUUUCCCACAUGGAAAGUGGAAAACAAGCCUAUGUUCUGGACCUCCAGGGCUAUAGUGAAAGAGAGACAUUAAGAGACAUUAAGAUGACACAUGAAAACAAAGAAGAGGAAGCAGAGUCACAGAAGAAACAGAAAGAAGACCAACAAAUGCAACAUAGAGACUCUCCAGCGAAAGGAAUAGAAGACUAUCAGAUGGAAGGCACUCCGCAUGAGGUCUGUAAUGGUGAAUCUAUCAUAUCUCUGGAACAGGAAUCUACAGAUAAUCUUUCUGACAAUGACAAAAUGCUCAAAGCUACCAUUUGUCCUGACUGUGGGAAGAGCUUUAGUAACAGCUCUCACCUAAUCCGUCACCGUCGCGUUCAUACAGGUGAGAAACCGUACAAAUGCCCCCAUUGUGACAAAAGUUAUCGCCAAGACUCUCACUUAGUUCAGCAUAUGCGUUCUCAUACAGGUGAGAAGCCAUACCGGUGCACACAUUGCGGCAAGGGCUUCUCACAGAGUUCCAAUCUCAUCAUCCACCAACGGACACAUACAGGCGAACGACCCUUCACCUGUCCAGAAUGUGGGCGGAGCUUCAGCCAUAGUUCUGAUCUCAUUCAGCACAAGCGAAUCCAUACCGGGGAGAAGCCUUAUGUCUGCUCCAUCUGUGGAAAAUGCUUUUCUCAGAGCUCAAAGGUUACCCAACACAAACGCUUCCAUUCUGGGGAGCGUCCAUUUUCCUGUGGGGAGUGUACCAAAACUUUUCGUCUCCGGGCUGAUUUGGUCCGUCACCUCCGUGCUCAUACCGGAGAGCGGCCUUUUGGCUGCCCUGAGUGCGGGAAACAUUUUGCGGAGAGCUCCCAUCUUAUCCGACACCAGCGGAUCCAUAUGAGCGAACGUCCCUUUCGCUGUCCAGACUGUGGGAAAGGAUUCAAUCAGAGCUCCAACCUCCAACAGCAUCAGCGGGUGCACCGAGGCCAGAAACCCUUCAAAUGUGAUGAGUGUGGGAAAGGUUUUGGUGUAAGCUCGGCACUCUUGCAACACCAGCGAACUCACACCGGUGAACGACCCUACUGCUGCAGCCAGUGUGGGAAGAGUUUCAGUGUCAGCUCCACCUACCAUAUACACCAGCGUAUUCAUGCAGGGCAAAAGCCCUACUCGUGUGCAGACUGUGGGAAAGGCUUUGUGCGUAGUUCUGCUCUCCUUCAGCAUCAGGCAACUCACACCGGUGAGAAGCCCUUUCGAUGUCCCUAUUGUGGAAGAGGGUUUGGACAGAAAUCGGCCCUUUCUCAGCAUCGGCGAGCCCAUGUGAGGAGAGGAGAGACAUUGACUUUGAUGGAAGGAUGGGAAACAGCUGGGAUGGAAGAGGUUGGGGACCAGGGAGUGGGAGGGGAAGCACAUAGCCUGUGGCAAAGGAACGGGAUAGGUAUUAUGGAGCCCGAAUGGCAGGGUGUUGGAGAUGAGGCCACAAGACAGGAAUGGGAGGAUGACAGGGAUGAGGCCAUGAGGGUGGAGUGGCAGGAUGACGUUGAUGAGGGUCUGGAGGAACAGUUGCAGGAUGAUGGCAGAGAAAGCAUGAGGCAGACCUGGAAAGACGGUGUGGAAUCCUCCAUGAGGACCGAGUGGCAGGACGAUGAGGAUGAACAAUUGGAACGGGGAUCACAGGGGGAUUGUACUGAAAGCAUAAGGCUGGAAUGUCAGGAGGAUGCCGAUGCCGAUGAUGAUGAUGAUGAUUACAGGAGGGUGGAGGAGAGCUUCCAGGAUGACAAUCUGAGUAUCAGGCUAGAGUGUCAUGAUGAUGAAGAUGGUGAAAGCGUAGAAGAAUACGUACAAAGUAACAGUAAUUCAAACAUCGGGGGGAAAGGUCAGGACGAGAUCACCACAAAGCACGACUGGCAGGAUGAUAGAGGCAAAAGCAUAAGAGAAGAGUGGGAGACUACUUUAGAUAAUUUAAGGCAGGAGAAAUUGAUUGAGGAACAGGAAUGGCAGGAUAGCGAAGACGAUAGUGAGAAGCAAAGUUGGCUAGGAGAUGGGGAGGACAUUUGGAGAGAACAAGACAGAAGUCAGAGACUGAGUCAUCCUGCUGAAGCUGAGGAGCUUAAGGAAUUGAAAUAAUUGACUGGGAUAUAGUAGGAGAGAGUAGAAUGCCUACAACGCUCAUAAUAGCUCAAACCAGCAAGCCAUCAAAAGUCAUUGUGGACAAACAGCAGAAUCGUACCUUGAUGCAAAGCAGUUGUGUCCUUCUGCAAGAAAUAUAGUUGUAUUUAUAUUUGUAGGGUAUUCUGUGGUGUCUACUCUCCACUUGAACGUGUCCCUCACUCCAGUCCCUGCAUGCCUGUGAUACAGAGCACUGUGUGGUGGCUGCCUUAUGGUCAAGCUCUAUGAUCUGGCUCCCUGUAUCAUUCCAAGCCUUGUGCUGUUUGCUGGUCAAAAUAAUUCCAAAGGGUGGUUUUAGUACAGUCCAUUUUUAAAUGUUACUCUACCUAUGUACAUGUUGUAUUAUACUUCCUAAUCCAGCCCAAGUUUUGUUUAAAAAAAGUUUCCACUUCCAAGGUAAGAUGCCUUUUUUAUAAAUAAGUGGGUGCCUUUCCUUACGGUGGCAAUUCUUGCUGGAUUCUAGGAGUUGAUUUGGGAGAAAUGUUCCUUCAAUUCAGUCUAAAAGCCCAUGAUGGCGAACCUACGGCACGCAUGCCACAGGUGGCACGUGGAGCCAUAUCUGAGGGCACGCAAGUCAUUACCCUAGAUCAGCUGUACUGCGCAUGUGCGUGCCGGCCAACUGAUUUUCAGGCCUUCUGGUCCCAUCGGAAGUCAGGAAACAGACCGUUUCCAGCCUCUGGAGGGUCUCCAGGGGGGGCGGAGAGGCCGUUUUAGCCCUCCCCAGGCUCCAAGAAAGCCUCUGGAGCUUGGGGAGGAUGAAAAACAGGCCUACUGGGCCCAUCAUGCCAUCAUGUGCCAAAAGGGGGAGCACGGGGUCACGCGCAUAUGCGUUGGGGGGGCAGGGUGCAUUGAAUUAUGGGUGUGGACAUGCACGCGUGUGACAACCCUCCUCCCCUGCUUCCCCUGCUUUUGGCAUGCAACAACAAAAAGGUUAGCCAUCACUGCUAUAAGCUUUGAAAUAAUUGACUUAGGAAGUUGGGAAGGACAAAAAAGAUAAUACAGUUGUUUUAUUUUCACAAUUGUUACUUAGGAACCCAGCAGAAUGUGGGGACGCUGUAUAACUCCAAUAUUUAACUAGAACAGCUUUUGAAACUUCUGUUGCAUGCUCUGAAUCUCUCCCAACUGUAGCUAUUUUUGUAACAUUCUAAUCCUUCUCUCUUUUCUGUGUCUUCCUCUGCUGAACUAAUAAAUGCUCUUUUUGAUUCCA